UGACUAAGCACAGUAGGAUUCGAGUAGGUUCGAGAUUCUGCACCCAUAGCAGACAUGGUCAAUGCGCCCCAAAAGUAUUAGCGCCACACGUACGCCGUUACAUAGCAUGUGAAUAUAAAACAUCUAGUACUUGUUUAGAGUCAACAGUAGAGGUUAGAGGCAAGAUGAAGUAUUUAACAGUGUUUACUGUAGUUAUCGUGAUUGCAUUAAUGAAUACACCAAUCCAAUCUAAUGAUGAAGUGGAACAAAAUAUACCAAAUGAAUCUCUAGAAUGCUACGUCUGCAAUGACUGUCCCAGGGUCACCAUAAAUACGACCUCAAUGGUCUGCCUUCCAUCUGGCAACGGUGUCAGCCAGUCUUGUUUGGUAUACAUGGAACGUAUUAUAGUUACGAACCGCCCCUUAAUCGUCCGUGGCUGCUCUUCCGAACGCGGUACUUGUGCAGAAAUCAUGGAAAUAGAUAACAUACACAAGGAUAUGGUAGAACUGGUCUCAUGCAUAGAAUGCACAACAAAUAAUUGUAAUACGAAUAGUGGUAUCAACCGAUUAACAGCUCAUCAAUCAAUUGUCGUUUACUUCGCAAUCAUGCUACUUAUACCACUUUACUUUUUUUUCUGUAACAUUGUGUACCCACAGAUAUCUUUUCCCAAAUACCAUACGACUAUAUUUCAUGUAUAAUGUAAAAGAAAAAUAUAGGUACAAGUAGACUGUGUUAUAGUUAAUAAAGUACGUAUUUCCGAAAUUUUCUAAUUAUGAAUCUCACAUACAAAGAAAAUUGUUUUAAAACUUUGGAAGCACUAGAAAAGUUUCUCGAGUUUGGAUGACAUGGAAAUAAUUAAAAAAAAAUCGUAGGUGUGUUUAUGUUGCCCAGUUUAAUAUUAAUACAAAUGAUGUAAAAAGUUAACGGGUGGAUAAAUAAACAAAUUUGACUG